UUGUUAUGCGGUGCGUACGCGUAGCCGCCGCUGGGAGAGACACGCGGAAAUCCGACGCGCGGCAAAUCGGUAACGGAUUUCUUCGAUCGGUUCCGAUUAGCGUUUUAUCGCGCGCGCCCGACGACGGUGCACAGUCGUUCGCCGCGCCGACCACCACGUACACCAGCGGGCAGCAGAGCAGCAGCAGCAGCAGCGCGGAAGAAGAACGAAAAUAAAGAAAGAAAAGAAAACCCCCCCGGAGCGAAAAUGACAUUCCCCGGAGCGAUCGAUUAUCGCCAUUGUUGUCUACUGUUUAUACUAUCGACGACCUAUUAUCGCGUUACCGUUUCCAUUACGGUGAUCGACAAUUACGGGCCCGCGGAAAAGGACCGCGCACGAGAUAUCAAGGAUACCGUCGACGACGCGCGUUCGGAGAAAGCGGAAGACGAGGACGCGGAAAACAAGCAUUUCAUGGACGUGUACUCGCUGCAAAGUGGUCCACAACAGUUGGAGUUUGGACACGUGUUCGAGGAUCCGAACGUCUGGGAACAGAGGUACGAGAAAAAAGAUUUUGACGCUCAACGGUACCAAGGAAAGGUGAAAUGGGGUGACAAGGACGGUGGUUACGGCGAACAAUAUUGGGACUUGAACCAUGGUGGUGCUGGUGAAUCGGCCCAUGUUAGCGAAGACAACGGGCAAUACGAAGAAAUGAAUCCACUCGAACACGCACAGGAAAGCCGUCAAAGAUCCGUAGUAUACAAGCCUGCAGUGGUGAUACAACUCGUGAAGAAUAAAUCUAAGAAACCUACAAGAAGUGUUCGAAACAAUAAUAUAAAUAGAUUAUUAGAACCCGCAGUUACACAAUCAAUGGGAACGGGAAACGCCGAUAAAAAAAACGCUCCUGUAUUAGUUUUCGACCUGAAAACUGGUGUGGUCAUGGACGAAGCCACAGGAAAUAAAUUCAUUUUAAAACCGAUAAAUAAAUAAUAGCAAUCGACCAAUAACGUUUGGAAGUAGAUAAUACGUAUUAAAAAAAAAGUUAAUAAAUGUAACGUCACUGUCUUUCAAAAAUAAUAUUUGGUUCUAAUUUGUUACAACGUUAACGAUGUAGUUUUUUUAAGAUAAAAAAAUACAUAUAUAUUAUAUUUAAAAAUGCACACUAUGCCUUAU